AUGGAUAUUAUAGCUCUGUACGAUGUCAGGCAUGAUUUUGAUGCUGUAAUUGAACGUAUUCCUAUGGUUAUGACGGGCAUAUUUUACUUCAUUAAUUUUUCUACAAUGGUGUUUCAAACAUCAAAGUUCCGAAAUCUAUUGGACGACAUUAAGGAGAGUUUUAAAAAAAUUAGGCAAAAUUCUGAAGAGGAAGAAAAAAUUCUGAUUCAAUCUGCUAAGGAAGGAGCCGUGAUCCAGUUCUUGUAUAUUUCCUUAAUGGCAUCAUCAACGGCUUUAUAUUAUUUGGCAACGUUGACACCAGUUGGCUUGGAUUUUAUUAUGCCCCUGAACGAAUCACGAAAACGAAAUUAUUUAUAUGAUGUGAAUUACGUUUUUGUUGAUAAAGAGGAAUAUUAUUACUCUAUUCUCUUACACUCAUCUAUCGCAGGAAUCUACAGUAUUGGCACUUCAAUGUCAUUCGAUACGAUGCUGUACCUUUUUGUAAAACAUAUCAGCGGGAUGUUUCUUGUUUUAAGAUAUCGAUUGAAGAAUCUGGUGCUAGACAGUGAUAUCGAACAAAAUUGGACCAAAGAGAAUUGUAAAAAAGUAGAAAGAGGAACAUUAUCCUGCAUAAAGUUAUACAAUGAUAUAAUUAUAUUCACUAACAACGUCGAAUCUUGUUUCGCGACUUGUUUAACUUUCACAAUGGGAGUUUCAGCGGUGAUUUUAUGUUUUCAAGGAGUGAUGAUUGUGGUGAGAAUUGAUCAAAUUGAUAUGGUCGUCAUGUUCGCAACGUAUUUUGUGGCUCAAGCUAUUCACCUUUUUUUCGAUUGCUUUGCUGGACAAAUGUUGCUGAAUGGUAAUGGAUCUGUCUCGAUAGAUAUAAACGAAUCAAAUUGGUACGUAAUGCCACAGAAGCAGAAAAAGAUGUUGCUGAUGAUGAUGGUGAGAUGUGUACGAGAUUGCCGUGUGACCAUUGGAAAAUUUGUUGUACUAAAUAUGGAGACUUAUAGUCAACUGAUGAAGACAGUUUUCUCUUACCUGAGUGUUUUAAUGUCUUUACGCGGAUAAUGCAAUAUGUAGAAGCAUGUAUCCAUACUGGAAGAAAGGUAGCUGACUUCAUAUACAAAAUAUGCUAAUGACCUUUUUAAAAUGCAUAACAAAGUAUGAGUAGCAAAAAAGUUAUAUGUUCAAUAUGCUUUGCUAAUUAUUUCGAA